AGAGUCUCAAGUUCAGUGUUAAGAAGAACAAUGAGACUCAUAUUAUCAGCGGUUUUGUUGCUUGCUGUUCUUUCAGCAAAUGGCCAAUUCAAUCCGAACCAAUGGUCAAAUCGAUCAGUAAUUGUUCAUUUAUUUGAGUGGAAAUAUAAAGAUAUUGCGGAAGAAUGUGAAAACUUCUUAGCUCCAAAUGGCUUUGCUGGCGUGCAGACUUCAGUUCCUUUAGAAAAUAGAAUCGUGCCAGGUAGACCUUGGUGGGAACGUUACCAACCAGUUUCGUAUAAGUUCGAUACGCGUUCAGGCAACGAAGCAGCUUUCCUUGAUAUGAGUCGUCGAUGCAAUGCUGUUGGUGUUAGAAUUUAUCCUGACAUUAUCAUCAAUCACAUGGCUGCUGGUAGCGGCAUGGGAUGGAAUGGUGGAAUGGGCACUGGUGGAUCGGAAUCAAACCCAGACAUUUUGUUAUUCCCAGCUGUUCCUUAUGGACCGAAUGACUUCAAUCAACCUCAAUGUGCUAUCGAUGAUUGCUAUUGCGAUCCAGCAAAUAUCAGAAAUUGCAACUUGGUUGGUUUAACUGAUCUGGCAUUAAGUCAACAAUGGGUGAGAGACAAAACUGUGGAAUUCAUGAACAGAUUGGUGGAUUUAGGAGUCGCAGGUUUCAGAGUUGAUACUGUGAAGCACAUGUGGCCGGGUGAUCUUGAAGCAGUUUUCCCUCGAGUUAAAAAUCUUAACACUGCUUUUGGUUUCGCACCAAAUUCACGUCCGUUCUUUGCACAAGAAGUUAUUGAUCUUGGUGGUGAAGCUAUCAGUAAAUUUGAAUACAAACAUCUAGGAACUGUCACUGAGUUUAGUUUCUCAGAAGAAAUUGGUCGAGCUUUUAGUGGAAGAUUAGAAUUGAAAAAUUUGCGAUUAUUUGGUGAAGCUUGGGGAUUUCUUCCAUCACACGCCGCUUUAACCUUCAUAGAUAACCAUGAUAAUCAACGAGAAAGUCAUAAAGAAAACAUUUUAACUUACAAACAAUCGCGUAUCUAUAAAAUGGCAACAGCUUUUCAUCUUGCAUUCACAUAUGGAGUUCCGCGUAUCAUGUCAUCCUACGCUUUUACGAAUUUCGAUCAAGGACCGCCCAUGGACGCCAACGAGAAUAUUGUCUCGCGAUCAAUCAAUGCCGAUGGAAGUUGUGGUAAUGGUUGGGUUUGUGAACAUCGCUGGCAUCAAAUUUAUCACAUGGUGAGGUUUAGAAAUGUCGUCAGAGGAACAAGCGUUGAACAUUUCUGGGAUAAUGGAAGCAAUCAAAUUGCUUUCGCUCGUGGUAAUCGAGGAUUCAUAGCUUUCAAUGGACAAUUCGGCGUGAACAUGCAAGUGUGGCUUCAAACUGGGCUUUCUGCUGGUACAUAUUGUGAUGUCAUUUCUGGAGACAAGGUUGGCAGUGUGUGCACUGGUCGUUCGGUUGUUGUCUUCGCUGAUGGCAGAGGUGAAAUAAUUCUUCCGGCUAACGCUGAAGACGGAGUUUUGGCAAUUCAUGCCGAAUCAAAGCUUUGAAAUCAUCUGCUAGGAUUUAAUUUAUCUUAUCAUGAGCAAUAAAAAAAAUCAGACCACCUGAUGAUAAGCAAAAAA